AUUAAUAAUUCAGGUGGAGCUCAAAUGAUCUGAAGUAGACACUGCUAAUGAGUGGCUAUUACUGACAAAAAGAGGAAUCUGUUAAAUUCAGAUAGUAGUGUUCCUGGGCAGGAGAAUAAGUAAAGAAUUUGGUUAAGGAAGGGGCCUUCCUGUUCUUUCUGAAACAGAUAGCUUGGGUUGAAGACCCUGAGCCUGGACAACACUUCUCUCUCUGGGCAGCAGGAAAAAACUUCAUUGCUUUUUCUAUCUGCCAUCUGAAUUUACUGGAGACUCUUGAUGGACUGUGGUUUGCCCUUGACUGGACUUCUAACUCGCUGCCUGACUCAAACAGGCUCCUUCUUCAGGAGAGAGCGUGAGGCAUUUUACUUGAUAAACUACUGCUAAUAAGCUGGCAUCUUAAAAUCAGGACCUUCCUCCUAAAGAAAACAAAUAAAGAUUGAUGUUAGGAUGUCUGGACGUGGAAAGAAAAAUGUGAAACCUACAACUGCCUCGAAGACAACCAAGUCAGCAAAGGCUGGUCUGCAAUUCCCAGUGGGUCGUGUCCACCGGCUUCUCAAAAGAGGGAACUAUGCUGAGAGAAUAGGAGCUGGCGCUCCUGUUUACCUGGCGGCUGUGCUGGAAUAUCUGACUGCUGAGAUAUUGGAACUGUCAGGAAAUGCUGCCCGUGAAAACAAGAAAAGCAGGAUUGGGCCACGACACAUCCAGUUGGCUGUGAGGAAUGACGAAGAGCUGAACAAGCUGUUUGCUGGGGUGACCAUUGCUGAAGGAGGAGUUAUGCCCAACAUCCUCUCUGCUCUUGUUCCCAAGACCACAAAGGUGCCUAAGCAAGGACUAAAAGAUGGCCAGUCACAAGAAUUCUAGUAACCACUAGCAUGCUGAAAGUGUGCUGUUUCUAAGGCUGGAUUUCUCCACAACACUAGCACUUCAUGCACAUAGGACUCUUGGUUGUAAUCCAUAUAUUUAUAUGUAGACUGUAUGUAAAUAUGGAACCUCCUGAGGGGAACCUCCUGAGGACUCCCUCCUGUGGUGUGUUGUUUGUUUUUUAAACGUCUUUGAAAUAAAUAUUUAGUGCAUAGAGAAGCCCCCGAAACUUUGUUUUCUGAAGUUGGCAGAUAGAGAAACUAUGACCUGACUCUUGAAAAGGAAGUUGCUGUCCCACCACUUCUUAAGUUAAGGAAACUUGGGGCCAAGAUUUUAAAAACUAAUGAUUGCGUGUGCAUGAAGUGAGACUAAUUUGAGUGGGCCUGAUUUUCAGAGUGUGGGUGCUGAGCACUUUCUGGUAAGUGGGGUCUUCUUAUAGUAUCUGAUUGGGCACUCAAAAGUACUAGGCAGUUCAAGGAAACCUUGACUCAGGUUUCCUAUAGUGAUGAUAAAGUAGGUGUGGAUUUCUCUCCUGUGCUGUAAGGGGUGGAAUAGGACUACCUUGGUUAAUUGUAAUGAUGGUCACCUAUGCAUUAUUGGUUCUUUGAGGUAGCAUCAGAAAGGCACUUAUAGGCCUAAACUCAGACUUAGGCAUGUCUGAGUAGUUCUAGGCUCCAUAGCAAUCCACAAAAUUCCUGCUGAACCCUGUAGGUGCCUAAACUUACUCAGUACUUAGGUUUAUGCCCCCGGGAAUAUGUGCUGCUCCCUCACUCUAGGCAAUCCAUAAACAGGGAAGAUAGGUGUUGGGCUGUCUAAUGUGCCCAAGGGGCCCAAUCUGGUAGGAGGCUAGAGGAGGUGCAGCUGCUCCCAACUUUGUAACUCUUUAG